CUAGAGGUAUAUAGGCACAACACUUUUCCACUAUCAACGAGUGUAUAGCCAAUACAUAGCCUGUCCAUCAUGUUCGCCUCUCGAUCUGCCGCUCUUCGACGAGCCGCCGUAGCGCUCCCUAGGACUCAGGCCAGGACCAUCGCUUCCACCUCUGCUCGACGGGCCGAGGUCACGCCCUUGCAACCCCUGGACGUCGUUGAAGUGUCACGAAACCCUGGAGCUCUUCCCGACCCGCAACUCGAUGGAUACCCCGAGCUCCCUUACGUAUCUCUGCAACGACGGGUCCCGAAGGGAUGGUGGGACAACCAAGAGCGAAGGAACUUUGGCGAGACCCUUCACGAGCAAGAAGACUCGCUCUCCAUGUGGUCCCCCGAUGCCCACCCCAUGCCUGCCAGCUGGGCUCUGACCCAGAUGAUCAUGGCCUUCACCACCAUGGCCGGAUUCGGCUACCUCGUCUACCUUACCAAGAUGGAAUCCCCGGCUGCCAAGAGGUCGUAUCCUUACAACGGGCUAGAAGCCGAGCUCGGAGGAAGUGCCGACACUCCCAAGGGAAUCGCCGAGUCGAUCGAGGAGGACGCUUGAGAGUGAAGUGGGCGGUCGGGGACGAUGAGGGGACGAGCGUUGUACUAAAAGAUGAAAGCACGGAUUCGAUUGGAUGACAGGCAGAGC